AUGCCGCCUAAAAACAGUCACAAACUGCCGCUGCAACCGAGACACAACAAACCCAAUACGCCUGCACGUGUCAACGAUGGUGUUGCUGCUAAGCAGAGUGGCGGGGAUCCCAUUGACACUUGGAGGUUCGCAAAGAAUUUGACCAUCAAGGACCCCUCGCAGACCAUCAUGGCUAUCGGAAGAGCCACAAACACGCACAUCACCUACGAUGGCAGAUUUGAGUUCCGCUUCUGGGGAUCUCCGGACGAUGUGAAACGCGCCAAAGUCGACCUCACGACCAACAUCUUGCAGGACAAUCCCACCUUCCGACACCAGCAAAGGGACAUCGGGCCACCUCGUGAUGCGCACUUUGAAGCAACGGGCUCCUUCCUAUGGCCCUCUGAUGAGUACGAACCAGACAAGGUCCUCGGGCAACGCAAUUUCGAAAGCCUCAAUCAGAUUCGCAAGGAGAACCACUGUUUUAUCGAAUUUGAUAGCCACAGAUCGUCCUUUAUUGUGAAAGGCAGUGUCGACAACGUGCAAGAGGCUCUUCUGCGUAUCAAAGGUCUCCUUUGCAAGGUGGUAGCUCAAAACAGUCCAGUUCAGAGACUCUAUCUGGUUCAAAACGAUUGCAAGGAGGUCAAUCUCACAGAUCUUUACCUAUCUGUGGUCUAUCAAGCAGGCACUAUGUUAGAGCCCCGUGUGACAAAGACGGUGAAGAGCGUCGGAGCUGCGCUGAAAGUGGAAGAUGUUGCUCUUAACGCGAAACGUAUGAAGGAUCUUGUCAUUCAGACUCUGAGAAAGGUACAUUGGCAUCAAGGCCACAUUGACCUCAGAGUCCAUCUUGGCAAACUCGACUUGAUAACCUACGAGCCUUUCGACAAUGACAGAAAGAGUCUGUCCGAUUACAAGGAGAUGAUAUCCGAUUCAUACAACUUCCGAGCUAAAGUCACCGAAGAACUUGGAGAUAAGGUCUUGGAGGAAAGUCUACUCUCUCGAUUCCUGAGUGCCACGGAGUCUCUACAAUCUUGCGAUCGGUUUGUCCGCGAUCUUGCCGACACCAAACCCGAGUAUACAGCCUCUAUCGAGGUUGAUAUCAAGGACGGUCGUGGCAAUGUUCUGAUUACAAAGAGGUGGCACGAGGAGAAUGGUUCAUUCUCGCCAUCUAAUCCUGAGUUCAAGAGGGUGAUUGAACAAACAGGUCGUACCAGAUUCCUCGAGGCUUAUCUUACAGAUACACUCAGCGAUCUGACCUGGCUGCUUGAUAUGUCAGCGCUUGGAGUGCCAGACUCAUCGCAUCUUCCUCAGUGGGUUCGAGACCAUGCCGAGUUCUACGUCAACUUGCAACCUGAGAAGGCACGAAAUGCGGAAUCGUUCUGUGAUUUCGAGUCGUGCGAUGGUCGGCCAAAGCCCUUGGCUCACAAAAGAGCCAUCAGGGAGAAGAUUGCCUGGAAGUUUGAGAUGAGGGAGCCCUACUCUGGGUACGAGGUGGAAGUGGUCAAAGUCUUCAACAAGCAUUACACGGAGAGCGUGAUUGGGGGCAGAGAACCUGUCACGACGUUCGAAGGACGCUGGACGAUUGAGGUCAAGCAUCGCCAGUGGUCCAGCUUGCUCUCGGAGAACCAUGAACUUCGCGCUGGAAAGGGAGCGGAAUGGAAGGCAGACAUCCAGAGUUGGUUCCCGGUGGACUCCACUGACACCAACGAGAAGCUCAAGGGGCAUGUCGAGCUUUUGCGUACGCUGCAGCGUGUGCAGGAUAUUGUUCUAGGCAAGAGCCUUUGA